AUGACAAUUGUUGAAGUUUUAGAAAAUAGUGAUUCUAAUAUUAUAAGAAUAUUUAUAGUAAGACAUGGUCAAACAGAUCAUAAUAAACUAAAAAUAUUACAAGGUCAUUUAGAUAUAUCUUUAAAUUCAACUGGUGAGAAACAAGCAAAAAUAUUAGCAAAACAUUUUGAAUCAAUACCAAUUGAUUAUUUCAUAAGCUCGGAUUUAAAAAGAUGUAAAGAGACAUUAGAACCAGUAUUGGAAAUACAACCUAAAGAUGUUAAAUAUACUUCUAAUCUAAGGGAGAGAAAUAUGGGUAAAGUUCAAGGAAUGUAUUUGAAAGAUGCCUUAGCUACUUAUGGUGAAAAUUUUAGAAAUUUAGGAGAAACUGAAAUUGAAUUCACUAAAAGAGUAGAAUAUGAAUGGAAUAAACUAUUAGAUACUGAUUAUAAAAAUAUAUUUUUAUGUACUCAUGGUGGUGUUAUAACUAGACUUGCAAAUUAUUUAAAUAAAGAUUUAGGUUAUAAAUUAAAUCAUGGAUUAGAUGAAUCUAAGUUGAGAGUUCCUUUUAAUACUUCAAUUACUGUCGUUGAUUAUAAAAGAACUACUCAAGAAGGGUUGAUAGUGGAUUUUGGAAAUACUUUACAUUUAGGUGGACAAUUUGAAGUUAAAGAUCAAUUGCUUAGAUAG